AUGUCCCAACAAGUCGAAUCCAAGACAGUAGUUGACUCGAGCGCUGUCGAGCAUUCUCAUGUCUAUAAUGGCAAAGGCACCGAGAAGGACCCCUUCGUGGUUGAGUUUCAGAAGGACGAUCCUGGAAACCCCAUGAACUGGUCUCAGCCCAGAAAAUGGCUCAUUACGGCCAUCGCCACCUUUUCGGUUUUUGCCGUUACGUUUGCGUCUUCGGCAUACUCUGAAUCCGCUAACGAAGUCAUGUCGGGCUUCGAUGUAGAUGCCGAAGUUUUCACAGUUGGCUUGUCCCUCUUCGUUCUCGGAUCUGAACUUUAUGGAAGACAAGUCCUCUGGAUUACCUCUCACGUGGCCAUGGUAGCUUUCAUUGGUGGUUCUGCAGGAAGUCGAAACAUUGCAACACUCCUCAUACUACGAUUCUUCAGCGGUACCUUUGGUGGAUCGCCGCUGGUCAAUUCUGGUGGUGCUAUUGCAGAUCUCUUUCCCCCGGCCCAGAGAGGCCUCGCCAUGACACUUUACUGUGUCGCGCCAUUUCUUGGUCCCAUCCUUGGUCCUGUUGUCGGUGGGUUUGUCUCGGAAAACGUCGGAUGGAGAUGGGUUCAGGGGGUGUGCUGUAUAUUUAUAGGGGUGAUAGGUAUUCUUGGCGCCAUCGUCAUCCCUGAGACAUACGGGCCAGUUCUGCUUACUAGAAGAGUGAAAAAGCUCACCAAAAUUGAUGGCAAGGUUUACAUUAGUGUUCUCGAAAAGAGCCAGGGUAAAAAGAAACCGUCAGAAGUAUUCAAAAGGGCACUGCUACGGCCUUGGGUUUUACUCUUUCGGGAACCUAUCGUGUUAGUAGCCUCUCUCUACAUGGCCAUUGUUUACGGUACGGUUUAUAUGUUUAUGGGCGCUAUGCCUAUUGUCUACAAUGAAGAUCGUGGUUGGAACGAGGGAAUCGGAGGGCUUUCAUUCAUGGGUAUUGCUGUUGGUAUUAUCCUUGGCUUGAUAUACGCAAUAUACGACAACAACGGGCGUUAUACGAAGCUGUUUCUGUCCAAAGCAGCUACUGCUGAAUCUCGUUUACCACCAGCCAUCGUGGGUGCUGUUGCCCUACCGAUAGGGAUGUUCGCUUUCGCGUGGACCAACUACCCGAGCAUUCACUGGUCUGUCAGCAUUAUCCUCUCCACACCGUUUGGAUUCGGCUGUGUCCUCGUCAUCCUGCCAAUGGUUAACUAUCUGAUCGAUUCCUACACGAUCUACGCGGCCUCGGUUCUCGCUGCUGCCGCCAUCUUCCGCUCAAUUGUCGGUGCCGUGUUUCCCCUGUUCACUACCCAGAUGUAUCACAAUCUUGGGAUUCAUUGGGCUACCUCCAUACCGGCUUUUCUAACACUGGCGUGCAUGCCUUUUCCAUUUGUUAUGUAUCGUUAUGGUGGGGCCCUGAGGAUGAAGUGCAAGUAUGCCUUUGAGGCCGCAGAAAUCAUGAGACGGAUGCAGAUGCAACAAGCCCCCGUCGCAUCCAGGGAGGAAGACUCUUCCUCACCAGAGUGA